AUGGCCCAUGGGAGCCCUCGUCGGCGGUGCUUAAAACGAAUAAAAGCCGGACACAGCAACAGCAACAGCAACAACAAUAGCACUGACAUUCCGGUUUUUCUGAGGAUUCCGGUUUUCUGGGGGUUCUGGGGGUUCUGGGGGUUCUGGGGGUUCUGCGAGGUUCUGGGGGUUCUGCGAGGUUGGCUGGCUGGCAUGCUAUUCUCGCGGGCCUCCUCGCGGGCCUACAUGGAAGAGGACCGGGAGGCGGGGGCGGAGAACGAGGAGGACGGUGAUUCGGAGGCGGACGAGGAGGAGAGUGGAUCAGAGUCCAGAGGCUCUACCGCCGCAUAAACAAACUGCCGGACAGUGUCCAGUGCCCAGUGUUACAGUGGAGCAUAAUUUAGCAUUGCCAUUAGCGAGGCAGGCAUGUAUCGACAUAACGGCGGGCACGGCGGCGCGCGCGUGGCAGGACCGGACCGGGAGUACCUAGGUUGUAUGUACUAUAUAUGGCAGGGUAUAUGUGAUGUUUGAU